AUGGCCCCUCCAGCCCGCAUGUUCACGGAUUUAGUCCUGUCGCAGUGGCGCGAUCCUUCUUCAUCGGCCCAGUCAACAUUGGCUGUGAGCGGAGGUGAUCUAACUAUCGCCGAUGUGGUGGCAGUCUCGCGACACCUCGCAAAUGUGGAGCUCACUGCGGCAUCCAUCGAUGCCAUCGAAGCGUGCAGCAAAAUUAUCCCGGACAAGAUUGCCCAGGGUGAAGUCAUCUACGGCGUCAAUACAGGAUUCGGUGGCAGUGCCGAUGCAAGGUCCAAUGAUGUGGAGAGGGUUCAACAAAGCCUGAUCAGCCAUCUGACGUGCGGCAUCGUCGCGGAUGGCAAGCAGGAGCUGUCCCCGAACAGCAAUGGGCAUUCCACUCAGACAAAUGGGCAUUCAACCCAAACCAAUGGACAUGCAACUCAAACCAAUGGACAUUCCGACCCAAGCAAUGGAGUCUCCAGCAAAGCCAACGGUGCGAUCCCUUCCACCAAUGGAAAGUUGAAUGGACAAGCAAAACAACCACGCCACUUGGUGCGAAAUUCACUUCCCCUCAAUGAUCCUCUUGCUGCUACCUGCAUGCCGGAGUCAUGGGCCAGGGCGUCCAUGCUUAUCCGCUUGAACUCCCUAGCCGGCGGUGCGUCAGGCAUCCGGGUCGACAUCGCGGACUCGCUGGUAAAUCUCCUGAACCAGGACAUUGUGCCGCGCAUCCCCGUCCGUGGCAGCAUCUCGGCGUCUGGAGAUCUUAGCGCUCUCGCGUGGAUCGGUGCCCUGAUGCAAGGAAAGACAUCUGCUACAGCUUUCAGCGGUCCACGAGACGUCGAGGGCGGUAGAAAAGUGACCCGAGCUGACAUCGCCUUGGUGGAAGCCGGCAUCGAGCCCAUCAGUCUACACGCCAAGGAGGGUCUCGCUAUCGUGAACGGCACAGCCGUGUCAGCCGGUGUAGCAGCUCUCGCAGCACACGAGUCCAUCCAACUCGCAGCGCUGUCGCAGGUGCUGACUGCUAUGAGCGUGGAGGCGCUACGGGGGAGCGAUGAGAGCUUCGAGCCCUUCAUUGCCCGGGUGCGGCCGCACCCUGGGCAGAUCGACAGCGCUCAGAAUAUCAAGGCGUUCUUGGCCGGAUCACGGCUGCUGAACAGGCACGACAGCCGGGACGUGGCGACACUACGACAAGAUCGAUACUCGCUGCGCACCGCAAGCCAAUGGAUCGGCCCCGUGCUGGAGGACUUUGGUUUGGCUUACGACCAGCUGACAAUCGAGCUCAAUUCCGUGACGGACAACCCGCUUAUUGACACAGAGACAGGUCGCGUGCUUCAUGGUGGCAACUUCCAGGCGCGCGCUGUCACGUCGGCGGCCGAGAAGCUGCGCCAAGGUCUCCAGAGUAUCGGCCGCAUGCUCUUCACCCAGUGUACUGAGAUGAUCAACCCGGCUACCAGCUGGGGCUUGCCGCCCAACCUGUGCUCCGACAACGCCAACGACUCUUUCCUGUUCAAGGGGCUUGAUGUCGUUGUUGCCGCCCUUACCUCGGAGCUGGGCUUCCUGGCCAACCCCGUCGGGUCGCAUGUCCAGACAGCCGAGAUGGGCAACCAGGCCCUGAACUCCAUGGCGCUCGUGUCGGCCCGCUAUACGCUCGAGGCUGUGGAUGUGCUCUCCCAACUUGUCUCAGCGCACCUUCUGGCCGUGUGCCAGGCCCUCGAUCUCCGCACCAUUGAGAUUGAGGGUCGGAACGGCGACGUUCCGCCUAAUGCAAUUCCAUACAUUGGCCAGGCCUCGCAGCGCAUGUACAGCUUCAUUAGACACGACCUCGGCAUCCCAUUUCUGGGCGAGGCGCAUCUGGCUUCCACGGAGGCCGCGAGGCCCGACGGUGUCACCCCGAGCAUGGGACUAUACAACACACGGGUCUACGAGUCCAUCAGGUCGGGACGUUUGUACGAUGUCGUCCUGGAGAGCUUCCAAGAGGUGGAGGCGCAGCGAACCACGAAUGGAAAUCAUAACUAG